GAAUGCGAAAUUAAGGACAAUACUGCAUUAAACAAAAUUUUUGAACAAAUAUUCACUCGAUUUUCAACUGCAAAUUUCCUGCAGAUAUCGAUGUUCACAUAUAUACAUACAUAUGCACACAAAUAGGUAGAUAUUAGAUGUUUGCAACUGCUGAACGGGUAGCUAAGAUUUAAUUUGGUAUUUUAAUUUUAAGCGAAAAAUUAUUAAUAAAAUCGAAAACAAAAUCAAAUCAAUUAAAAAUGGUAGUCUCUGGAAUAUCUCAUUUCUCCAAACACUCCUUAACGCUGCAAAGUAAAAUAUCUGCUUAGUAUUGCCGACACUCACCUCAUUCACCUUGAGGGCUUGAGUCAAAUUAAGAGAUAACAAAUUAACGAAAACGCAAUUCUUCGAAUAUGAAUAAAGCAUCCGACGCGUCGGAGAAAGUUACAUUUUCGCAUCGAUCCAAACUCUACACACAGAGCCAACAUAACCAUUGGUUACAACAAACCAGCUAGACCAAAAACAAAACAAACACUCACCUGAUGUCCAAAUGGGCAUGCGUGCAGCAGUUUAUUACGAGCCGCGGAGAGCAACAGACACGACAUCGAAGUGGAGACGCACGAAACAAUAUUCGGAUUCAAAUUGUUUUUGCAUUUAAUAACAAAAAAUAAAUAAACAGAGAUCGAAAGUCGGAAAAAUGCAAAGUGCAUUGUAGGAAAAUCAAUUGUUUUUUUAUUUGUUAAUAAGUUGUUAAUACACACAAAUCAACUGCACCGGGCAGAGCAUAACUAGACAACAUUCAACAUAAAAAUGAAAGUGUGUAAAAUAAAGAGAUUCCUUAAUCCAAAGCCACCAGUGUCGUCGUAUAGCAGUCACACACGCCGCCUCGGGCUGUACACUAACAAUAGCACCGCUUACAUUUGCGCGUUAUGGUGUUGUUGUGCGAUAUUGUUUACCAGUCUAACCCAUUCGGUAUUAUGCAAUAAUGUAAAUGAAGGCAAUGAUGGUGAAAACAUUUCGUCAACGACAGCGGCGGCUACCACAAAAUACGCCAAUGAAUCAGCGUCACUAACGAAUGCACACGAGCUAUUGCUCGAAGAUUCCUCGGAUAUGGUAUGGUCCCAGGUUUUAGAGGACUAUGUAUACAGUCAAAGUUCCAGACGCCGCGAAUCUAAGGAUCUUCCAUUUUUCAGUGAAAUGAAUGGAUAUGGAGGUUCACCUUCACCGCCAUAUCAAAUGAUGAUGAAUCCUGGCAUGGGACCCAAUCCACCAAAUCCCCAACCACCCAUUAAUUAUCAUUCUUCGGCAUACAAGAGGCCAGCGUCGAAUGUUUUCAUAAACAAGCGUAUCGGAGAGGCUGGUGUCGAGUUGGAACCACACAAAAGAGCACCUUUGCAGGUGGUGAAUCCUCAAUUUCGACCAAUGACAAACCAAAUGAUACAACAGCAACAACAACAGCCGCCAGGAUUUCUGCAGCAACUUUUCGGCGGCACAGCCCCCAGCGGUAACAUGCAAUUACCACCAACAUCUCCUGCUCAGCAGCAGCAGCAACAACACCGGCCACUUCCUUUGCAACAGCACAAUGUUCGAGGAGGACCUCCGCAGACAUUUAGAGCAGUGUCGGAGAACGAUCUAUAUUUAUUGGGUGCCAUAGAAAAACUAGUAUAUCGUGUGGAUUAUUUGGAGAGCAGAGUACGGAGGACUGAACAAUUGAUUUACUAUCUUAUGGCCGGGAACAAACAGCAAGAAGUUCGAGAUCCUUGUCCCGCCAACUUCACCCGGAUCAGCGACAAUUGUUAUUACAUUAACAGCUAUCAACAAGUGAAUUGGAAAACGGCAAACUCAGCCUGCAAAGCUUUGAACGCACAUUUGGCUGAAUUCGAAAAGAUAUCAGAAAAUGAGGAAAUUAUGGCUUACCUUUUGAAUCAGCCCAAUCAUCGGGGUCGUGAUUAUUGGUUGGGUGGUCUAAAUCCCGGACUAAUUUGGAUUUGGUCGAAUUCGGCUAAGCCCGUUAAUCCCAAUAUGAAUUUAACCUCAAUAGCGAUGUCACAUAAAGAAGGCAUCACCACCCCCACCAAGGACAGUGAGACCGAAUCCAAUACAAUUGACGUGGACAGCGACAAAGAAGACAAAGGAGCUGAAAAUAAAAAUGAGUCAAUUCUAAAUAAUACCCUUGAAAUACCCGGCCAAGGCAGAUGUUUAAGAUUAGCCUAUAACAGUGCAAAGCACGCAUAUAACUACCACGGGCAGGAAUGCACAACUAGACAGAGCUAUAUUUGUGAGCACGAAGACAAAACACUAGACAAUAAGUUGAAAAAAAUUGCUAGGGACUUAAAACUGUUUGAUUAAUGUAUUUAUCUAGCCAUCUAUUUUAUUUUAUUUUACAUUUACAGUCAUGUACAUAUACAUACUAUAUGAGAAUCUAUAUCUAUAUUAUGAUACAUAAAGUCUACUAUAUAUAUCUCUAA